AAACAUUUUUGAGUUAUUCACCUACUAGCACUCAGUUAAAUGUGCUGCCGUUGUGAUUUUCAGCAUCCGAAUUAAUCAUCGAUUCAUCAGUGAAUUGUCACGAUGGACUAAGCUUUAUCCGGCGUUAGUCUAACAAUGUGCGCUACUGCAAGACAAGACACAGCUUUAAAGUGAUUGCAUUUAUAAAUUAUGCGCGUGUGUGACUGUGUGUAUGUUGCUGUGUGUAGUGCUGAUCAUUAUCCCUCUAGCAUGCAGCAACAACACGCCGAUCAAUAGUUUGUCCAGCCGACGAGACUUCGGACGACCGAACGAACACCGUUCGCAGGGGAUUGAAAAGAUAAAAUAAAAUAGCAAGCAGCUUCAAACACGUCCACUACACCAAAACCACAAAUGGAACAGUCAGAAUGAAUCGCCACUACCGGAGGCAUGGAUGUUCCAGCUCCGACGCCAUCGAACGAUCACCAUUUACAGCUUGCAAGAACAACAAUAGCUGCCCUCGAAACAAUAGGGUUCGACAAAUUGAACUAACUGAUUAAACAAACCACAUUAAACCUUAUACAACAAGGUAACGGUCGGUCGCCACCCGAGCAUCAAAAUGGACAAUUAUGGCUUUAAAGAUAGUGAUAGUACACCACCAGCGACGCCACCGGUACGACCGCCUCGAAUAUUUCGGACAGUAAGCUGCAUCGAGAAUGGAUCUCUCAAAAUUCCUCGUUUGACUACCAGAUUUACUACAGCGUCCACCAAGGAUGCGAACGCACAAGCUGGUGAUCCAGAAGCCGCCUUAGCCGAACCCAUCGUGAUUGAAAAUGGGCUCUAUAAUGAUGGUAAAAGCAAGCCAACAAUUUUGCAAAAUAUUAUAACUGGCACGGCUGGUGGGAUUAGUGUCUCUGUAGCGGAUGAUCACAGCAAGUCUGCAACAACCAAUGAAAGCUCUACCGUAACAAACUCUAGUACCAAAACGACCUCACCACACAGCAGUGGAACAGGUCAAGCGAAUGGACGUAAAUCGCACAUUGACAGUUACGAGUAUAUGGAGGUUGGGCCGUCCCCGCCCGCCGAAGGGGCGCCCAAUCUCUACGAUAGCUACGACGAAAGCUACUCCGAAUCUAGUGCCCAGCUCUGCAAUGACAUCAUCCGCAUAUCGCUCACCGAGCAGAUGCGUCUGGCUGGAGGCAGGGUAUCGAUACUUGAAAGCUUCGAAAACGAACCCCUACUCGAUAGUACGAUCAUCGAGCAGCUGCUGCGUGCAACGCCAACACCUCCAUCGUCGGGGCCAGCAUCGAACGCCGCGGCGAUUGGGUCUUCCAGCAGCGGAGCACACCAGUUGGAGAAAAAUAUCUGCUUUCUGUGGGCGGCAUUUCUGCGAAAGUUCCAUCUCCUUGAGCAGUGCGUUAAGCUCGGUGCGGACAUAAACUUCUGCGACACCAACGGGUUGACAGCGCUGCACCUCGCGUCGUUUAGCGGUUGCACGGAGUGCUGUGCGUUUCUGAUUCAUCAUAAGCUCGAUGUAAACAUGCAACCGAAAUGGUACACUCCGCUGCAUUGCGCCGCAUUCGGGAACUCGCUCGCUACCGCUGAGUUGCUAAUUAAAAAUGGAGCUCGCAUUGAUGUGCCAACCAACAAGCAGCAUUGCGAGGAAUCUCUCUUGCAUUGCGCCGUACGUUCGAAUGCAAUCGAAUGUCUUCGAUUCUUCAUCGCCCACGGCUCAAACGUUAACGCGCUUGAACGGAAUGGAACCAACCCGAUCCAUCUUGCCGCUGAUCUCGGUCACGCCCAGUGCCUUGCAGCACUUUUGGAAUGCCCGGAUGCUGAUCCGAAUGUGCGCAUACAGCAGGGCGACAAGCAGAUGACCGCACUGCAUCUUGCCGCGGACGAGGGUAACUUAGACUGUGUGACCCAACUGCUGGCUCGUGGCGCCGAUGUCCGUGCCCGAAAUCAUCGUGGCUUCACACCGCUGCAUCUAGCCGCCCGCAGCGGAAGCGCCGACUGUGUGGAGGCACUGCUAAAGCUUGGUGGCUGUGAUCCGAAUAUGGCCGAUUUCGAUCAGCGAACGCCACUGCACGCGGCGGUCAGCAAAUCCGAUACUGCCGUGGAGAUGAUCGAAACACUGAUUGCAUGGGGCGCAAACGUCAAUCAACGAGACGUGUACGGAUUUACGGCACUGCAUUUGGCCGCAUUGGACGCACUGGGUCCCUGUGUAGAAACGUUGCUCUAUCAUGGCGCAGAUGUCACGAUGAAAUCACGCAAGGGAACGAGUGCUCUCAACAUCAUCAGUCGCAAAACUCCGGCAUCUCUUGGAGUCAUACAGUGCAAGCUGGACGCGGCUAUUACGCUGACACAUUCGCAAGAUUCAUCCAGCCGGGAGGUGGAAUUGGAACUUGACUUUCGCAGCAUUUUGCAGCAUUGCCAUCCGAGGGAGAUCAGUUACCUAAAUACGUUUGUGGACGAUGGACAAAAGGAGUUUCUUCAACAUCCACUUUGCUCAGCCUUCCUGUACAUCAAAUGGAACAAAAUACGCAAAUACUACAUCGCCCGAUUGCUGUUUUGCUUUACCUUCGUACUGUUUCUAACGCUGUACGUGCUCACAGCGCUAGCGCACAACUGCUACAACGGAAGCAAGGAUAUGAAAGAAACUAUCCAGGAGCAGGAGCUCUGCCAGAAGCAAUCCAUCUUCGGAGACAUGUUGCGCAACAAUCCGUUCGUGAUUGAAAUGCAGUGGAUGGUUCUUGUGGCGAUUACCGCUAUUGAAAUAUGUCGCAAAAUCUAUGGCAUCACCGGGUAUACCUCACUCAAACACUACGUCACGCAAACAGAGAACGCAAUCGAAUGGUUUAUCAUACUGAGCGUAUUUGUUAUCUCCUACAUUUACACCAAGCGAACCUACACCUGGCAGAAUCACGUCGGAGCCUUCGCAGUGCUGCUUGGAUGGACCAAUCUGAUGCUCAUGAUCGGACAGCUGCCCGUGUUUGGAGCCUAUGUCGCGAUGUACACCAAAGUGCAGGUUGAGUUUGCCAAACUGUUCAUGGCCUAUUCGUGCAUGUUGAUAGGCUUCACGAUCAGCUUUUGUGUCAUCUUUCCAUCGUCCUCUUCGUUUGCCAAUCCCUUCAUGGGAUUCAUUACGGUGCUGGUAAUGAUGACGGGCGAACAGGAUCUGGAACUGCUGAUCAAUGAUCCGGACGGCAAAGAUCCACCGUUUCUGCUCGAGAUCAGCGCACAAAUUACCUUUGUAUUGUUUCUGCUGUUUGUGACAGUCAUUCUGAUGAACCUGCUCAUCGGCAUUGCUGUGCACGAUAUACAAGGGUUGAAAAAAACGGCCGGCCUAUCGAAACUAGUUCGUCAGACGAAACUAAUUUCCUAUAUCGAAUCGGCCCUUUUCAACGGCUGGUUACCAAACUGGUUGCGCAAUUUGCUCUACUACACAGCGCUUGUUUCGCCACAGGCUUAUCGCGUGGUGCUGAGUGUUAAACCCCUCAAUCCCGGCGAAACAAGACUCCCGCGGGACAUUAUGAUGGCAGCAUACGAGGUGGCGAAGCAGAAAAAACACUACAGCAGAAAAAAUGUGUCCACAGUGCGCCGUAAUCUGUCGUACGAGCCGCCGAAAGCAUCGCCACUGAUGAACGGAAUACGACCCAAACCUUACGACCGCUGUGAUAGCAGCUUCUCUGUACCUGGCAACCGACGGGCUACAAACGGAGGAAUAGGGCUAACGUCACCGAACAGUGAUCAUACUUCUAAGUUUGGGUACGUCUAUGACACCCCGACACUGUACGGCUUAACCAACAAGCUAGACGAACACAGCGACUACAUCGGCAACAUUUCAGCUGAGAUCGCAGAGCUGCGAUCAUCGGUAGAAGAGAAUCAGCAGAUGCUGCGCCAGUUGCUGCAAUUAUUAAGUAAAAGUCCACAGCACACUAUUCCAUCGAACUAAUAACUGCGCCUUGGACAAGAACGUCAUCUUCACCCCGUCCAGUAGAAGCUGCACCGAACGUAUGGUCCGUGGUGCUAAUCUAGCUCGAAGAUAGCAUAACCCCGCAGUGCAGGUGGAAGCUUUCUGCUACAUUUAAUCAAACAUUGUCCACAAUAACAACAUAGAUGUGAUUUUGCAUAGCAUGUAGUACAUAAUGUUAACACGAAACUCGACACAGGGUUUAUAAACACUGAGCAAUAGAUUAGUUACAGAGUAGUGUGACCCACGCAACUAUUUUAACGACAUCUAUGCCUGUCGUCUUUAGUAUUAUCUUCAAAAUGUAGUUACGUUCUUUUUAUAACUAUGGUACUGAACAAGCGUUAGCACUAUGCAUUACAAACAUCGUUACAACUAUGAUAACUUCCGAACACUAUCAGAGACACUUUUUAAGUAACAAAAUACAGUAAUAAAACUGUCUAUGCACAGGAUUCCACAUCAUUCUACCAAAUUUCUUUGGCUGGCCUGCUCCUAUAGAGUACGUCUAACAGACAUGGCCUGGCGUACAAUCCGUUUCCGGGAAACACGGUCCAUGGCUGCACGGCCCCAUCCCCGGCUGCAUCCGAUCGAACAAAGUUAAAAAAAUCAAAGCAUUGUCGCGCGAAACCAUGCUCAUGAUUCAUUGUGUUUUCGUCUCCGCUGGUUAAAGCAUUAAGACGUGCUAGAUGUUGGUGCAUCACAUUCACCAGAGUCUGAUCUUAUUACAAGACCAUCUUCGUUGCAUCGAUGCAUCGUUUCUACUGCGUUUUCUAAGAAAUGGACUUACCGUUCCUCGCUUAUCCAUUUGUUUAAGCCGAGAACGAAAGAACAGAUCUGACGAACGACUUUGUCAAGGAAACAAUGUACGAACCGAACGGGAUCUGCCCGCCCAAUCAAACAAAGAGCGCUCAAUUCAAUGGCGAUUCAUAGUAUAGCUCCGAAUGGACAAAGUCUAGAAAGAACACAAGAUGUAGGCAGGCACCUUGGGUUUCCUCAUAUUUUCUAUAAAAUAAUCAUGAAAUAAAGGAAGUCAAUU